UGAAGAAACAAGAUGUGGAUGAGAAGAACCAAAAAGCAGUUAACGCUCAAGAAACCCCCAAUUGGUCACCUGAUUAUUCCUUCUCGAAACUCUCAACCGACUUUGUGCCUUUAUUAACCGCACCGAUCAAAUUCCGGUCACAGUUCGCCGUUGCAGUUACUCAUAAUAAUCACCGAUGGCGCUCACCGGAGACGACGACGCAACAGAUUCGUCGGAGAACAGUUACAUUAGAAAACACCAUAAGCAUGAGGUUAGAGACAAUCAGUGCAGUUCAUCUCUUGUUAAACACAUUAAAGCGCCUGUACACCUUGUAUGGUCUUUAGUAAGGAGGUUUGAUCAACCACAAAAGUACAAACCCUUUGUCAGUGGGUGUAAUGUGCAAGGUGACCUUGAAAUCGGGAGCGUGAGAGAAGUGUGUGUUCGAUCUGGGCUUCCCGCUACCACAAGUAUGGAGCGGUUAGAGCUUCUUGACGAAGAAGAACAUAUAUUGGGCAUAAAAAUCGUAGGUGGUGACCACAGGCUGCGGAACUACUCGUCGAUUAUCACGCUUCAUCCGGAGAUUUUAGACGGGAGGCCAGGUACUUUGGUGAUUGAAUCGUUUGUUGUAGAUGUGCCGGAUGGUAACACGAAAGAUGAGACAUGCUACUUUGUGGAGGCCCUCAUUAAGUGCAACCUUAAGUCAUUGGCUGAUGUGUCUGAGCGUUUAUCGGUGCAAGACCGAACAGAGUCCAUAGUUGGAGCGUGAUUUAGUUGGUAGUAGACUGGAUAAUAUUCCAUCUUUGUGCAUAUUAGAGACUUUUAUUCCUGAAUGGACAAGUACUAUGAUUGUGUUUCUUACACUAUUCUUGGUAGCAUUUAACAUUUUCUAUUA